AUGGAUCUCAAUUCCAUAAUCCGAAUAGCGUCGCCACCGCCGCGACACUGGCUCACCCACACCCGACUUAACCAGAGUCGAACAGUCAUCCAAUGUGUCUACAGAUUUGAAUCGUCCAAGGCCAACGCCUUGGGCGGCUUAAACUUCAGUCCAGGAGGUCGGUAUGACUGGCAGAGUUCGUGUGCAAUAUUGGCCAGCAAAGUGGUGUCGCAGCAGCAAGAUAAGGAGAUGAACGGCGGCGCUGAUGGAAUCUCCGCCGUUAAUGGCCACCAUACUCACGACCUUGUGCCUGUCAAGACAGCUAAGACUGUGCCAUCGGCUUUCCCCAAACCCCUCAGCAUCGCCGACCUCUUGCCGGCGCCGAUGCACGGAUCACAGCUCCGCGUCGCGUAUCAGGGUGUUCCUGGAGCGUACAGUGAAGCGGCCGCCGGGAAGGCGUAUCCAAAUUGCGAAGCCAUACCCUGUGACCAAUUUGAAGCGGCGUUCCAAGCCGUUGAACUUUGGAUCGCGGAUAGAGCGGUGCUUCCGGUGGAAAAUUCCCUCGGUGGAUCUAUUCACCGGAACUAUGACCUCCUCCUCCGCCACCGCCUCCACAUAGUCGGCGAAGUUCAGCUCCCCGUCCACCACUGUCUCUUAGCACUCCCAGGUGUUCGAAAGGAGUACCUCACCCGCGUAAUCAGCCACCCUCAGGCACUCUCCCAAUGCGAACACACCAUUACCAAACUAGGCCUCAAGGUCGCACGUGAAGCCGUGGACGACACCGCCGGAGCAGCCGAGUACAUAGCAACCAAUAACCUCCAAGACACGGCUGCAAUUGCCUCAGUACGCGCCGCGGAGCUUUACGGCCUCCAAAUUCUGGCGAAUGGUAUCCAGGACGACUCCAGUAACGUAACCCGAUUCGUCAUGUUAGCCCGAGAACCCAUAAUCCCUCGAACCGAUCGUCCCUUCAAAACCAGCAUUGUUUUCGCCCAUGAGAAAGGAACCAGUGUACUAUUCAAGGUUCUAUCGGCGUUUGCAUUUCGGAACAUAAACUUAACAAAAAUUGAAUCACGGCCGCACCGGAAUAGCCCAAUUCGUGUGGAGGAAGAUGGCAAUGAGGGUAUGGCGAAGCAUUUUGAGUACAUGUUUUACGUGGAUUUUGAGGCGUCCAUGGCGGAAUUGAGAGCGCAAAAUGCACUUGCUGAAGUUCAGGAAUUCACGUCUUUCUUGAGAGUAUUGGGGAGCUAUCCAAUGGACAUGACGCCAUGGAUCCCCUCCAGAGAGGAAAAUAUAUAA